AUGCAUUGUGAGCAACGCCAAGGGAAGUGCUUCGAAUGUGGUCAGGCGGGGCACGUUAGCCGUUAUUGCCCAAGGAAGACCUCGCCUGCCCCGUCCGUCGCAUUGGCUCCGACAACUCCGGGACAUUAUGGAGAAGCCCCACUUGUUGCCAUAUCUGCUGGACGUGCCAUGGAGCCGCGUCAGCCCGAGAUGACCCGGUCGGCCCUGAGUGGACAGGUGUUUGCCGCUCAAGCCGAGGAACCUAUCGAGGCUGAGGAGCGCAACGUCGUGGCAGGUGCAACUCAUUCAUUCAUUAGCCGACCCUUUGCACAAAUGCAUGGCAUAGACAUUCAGUUGAGUAGGAGUACUUGGCGGGUUGAAGCCCCCGAGCGUGCAUUCGUUAUUAGAAAGGAGUGUUUGGCUUGUCCGGUGCAAGUGGGCCACUGGAUUAUGCUGACACGGUUACUGGUGCUCAAGAGGUUAAAGAAUUUCGAUAUAAUACUAGGCAUGGACUGGCUCUCGAGAUACUAUGUGACCAUUGAUUGCAAAGACAAGUUGAUAACUUUUCGUGAGCCGGGACAAAAGGAGUUCACCUAUUGA